AUGGGUAAGAGUGUGCCCCCGCCUCCACCACCUCCUCCGAGUGUGGUACGAAAAACCAAUGGAGGAAGUAAUGGAUCCAAUAAAAAGUUGCCACUACCUCCCCCACCACCUACCGGAGUGAAUAGAAGAUUACCACCACCACCACCACCUCCUUCUGGGGCCUCAUCUAAUAAUGGAAGAAGAUUGCCACCACCGCCUCCACCACCACCAGCAUCACACAAAGUAGCGCAGAGACAUACGGUGCUACCAUCCUUAAGUAGACCAGUUGCUCCUGGUGCUCCACCACCGGCACCACCAAAUCUUCUGCAUCCUCCCCCAUCAGGAUACCCAUCUAAAAAGCAGAAAUUAUCGUCACCUUCCUCCUCAGCAAAUCUUCCCCUUCGUACAAAACAGUGGCUCCAAGUUCAAAAGAAAAGGUAUUACGUUCCAAAGAAUGCAAUGGUCAAGAAAUCGACUAACACGACGCUAGUGGCCCCAAUAAAAGUAGAGAUGCCUCCUGAGCAUCUACGUAAAAUCAUUUAUGACCAUGGAGACCUUUCGUCCAAAAAGUUUGCAUCAGACAAAAGAUCACAUUUGGGAUCGCUUAAAUACAUGCCACAUGCCAUUUUAAAACUCCUAGAAAACAUGCCUCAGCCCUGGGAACAAGUGAAAGAAGUGAAAGUAUUAUAUCACAUAACUGGUGCGAUUACUUUCGUAAAUGAAAGCCCCAGAGUCAUCGAGCCUGUGUAUACUGCUCAAUGGGCCACCACUUGGAUAGCAAUGAGAAGAGAGAAGAGAGAUAGAAAGAAUUUCAAAAGAAUGAAUUUCCCACCAUUUGAUGACGAGGAACCUCCAUUGGAUUGGCUGGAAAACAUACAAGACGUUGAGCCUCCAGAAGCAAUAGAAUUGGAAGAAAUUGAUAAUGAUUCUAAAUAUAAUGAUAUAUCUGAGUGGUUAUAUGAUGAAAAACCUUUAAUUGAAACUUCCCACGUGAAUGGAGACUCUUACAAGAAAUGGAAUUUAGAUCUUGAUACAAUGUCUGCAUUAUACGAUAUGUCGAUGCCCAUAGUAGCACAAGUAAAUGAUCCAAACUAUUACUACUUAUUUGACAAAACAGCAUUUUUCACCGCGAAAAGUUUGAACAUUGCCCUUCCUGGAGGGCCAAAAUUUGAACCAUUAUACAAGGAAAAGUAUGACGCAAAGCUCGAUGACUUUACUGAAUUUAAUUCCAUUGAUAGAAUUAUAUUUAGAAUUCCAGUUAGAAGUGAAUACAGGGUUGCAUUUCCCUUUGUAUAUAAUUCAUAUGUUACUCAAGUGAAAACUAAUUGGUAUCAUGAACCAUUCCGAAGUAGUCCUUCUGGAAAAGAGAAAUUAAAGCUGGAUGGCCAGUCCGGGUUUGUUUUUUCAAACGAAUUCAACUUGAUACCUACCCCUCCUCCAAAGAAAAAGGGAAAGAAAGACAACGAUGAAAUCUUCUCGUUACCUAAAAAUGUUAAGCCAUUAAUGUCAGAUAACGAAUUGUUCCCGGAGAAAUGGAACUCGGCAUUGGAUUUAUUCGAUGCUCCUUUCCCAUUCAACCGUCGUAGUGGUAAAAUGGUUAGAGCGGAAGAUGUAGCAUUGGUCAAGUCCUGGUACAAACAACAUCCAUCUAGUAAGAGUGCACAAAAAGUAAGAGUUUCAUUUCAGAAGCUUCUCAAAUCGUAUGUUCUUACUGAACUACACGCAAAAGAAGGAUCAUCCAAGAGCAAAAAUAAAGUAAAGCUCUUGAAAACUUUGAAAAACACUAAGUAUUUUCAAGAGACUACUAUUGAUUGGGUCGAGGCCGGUCUACAAGUUUGCAGACAAGGUUUUAACAUGCUUAACUUGUUAAUACAUAGAAAAGGACUCACAUAUCUACACCUAGAUUACAAUUUCAAUUUGAAACCAACUAAAACCUUGACGACAAAAGAGCGUAAAAAAUCUAGAUUCGGAAAUGCUUUCCAUUUGAUAAGGGAAAUUUUGCGUGUAGUCAAGAUCCUUGUUGACUCCCAUGUUCAAUAUAGAUUAGGUAAUGUUGAUUCAUUUCAAUUGGCUGAUGGGAUUUACUAUAUUUUGAAUCAUUUGGGUCAAUUGACCGGAAUUUACAGGUAUAAGUAUAAAGUGAUGCAUCAGAUCAGGGCAUGUAAGGACUUGAAACAUGUGGUUUAUGCUAAGUUCAAUCAGUUGAUUGGAAAGGGUCCUGGAUGUGGGUUCUGGCAACCUGCAUGGAGAGUGUGGUUGUUCUUCCUCAGAGGAAUUAUUCCACUCUUGGAAAGAUGGUUGGGUAAUUUGCUAGCAAGGCAAUUUGAAGGUAGAAGAAGUAAUGAUGUAGCCAAAACAAUAACGAAACAGAGAGUUGAUUCGUAUUACGAUUUAGAAUUAAGAGCUCAGGUAAUGCAAGAUAUUUUAGAUAUGAUCCCCGAAGGCUUAAAGCAAAAAUCAUCGAAAACGAUUCUUCAACAUCUCAGUGAAAGUUGGAGAUGUUGGAAAGCAAAUAUUCCAUGGAAAGUUCCAGGGUUGCCCGAGCAAGUAGCUUCAAUUAUUGAGAGAUAUAUUCAGGCAAAAGCAGAUGGGUGGAUAUCAGUUGCACAUUAUAAUAGAGACAGAAUUAGAAGAGGUGCCACUGUUGAAAAGACUGUUGCCAGAAAAAACCUAGGUAGAUUGACAAGACUUUGGAUCAAAAUGGAACAAGGUAGACAAACUGAAUUUUCAAAAACAGGACCUUCUGUCUCUCCUAACCAUGCGGUUGUCAUAUUCCAGAAUAUGGUGCAUUGGCUAGAAAGUAGAAAAUAUCAACCAAUUCCUUUUCCGCCUUUAUCCUAUAAACACGAUACCAAAUUAUUAGUAUUGGCCUUGGAAAACUUAAAAGAAAACUAUGGAGCUAAUGCAAGACUUAACUCAUCUCAAAGAGAAGAAUUAUUAUUGAUUGAACAAGCCUAUGAUAACCCGCAUGAAUGUCUCGCAAGAAUCAAGAAAUUUCUCUUGACACAAAGAAUUUUCAAGGAAGUUGGGUUAGAAAUGAUGGAUUAUUAUACUCACUUGAUUCCAACUUACGAAAUUGAUCCAUUAGAGAAAAUCACAGAUGCAUACUUAGAUCAAUACCUUUGGUAUGAAGCAGAUAAAAGACGAUUAUUCCCUAAUUGGAUUAAGCCGAAUGAUGGAGAAGUCCCUCCGUUACUUACUUAUAAAUGGUGUCAGGGAAUUAACAACCUUGAUGAUGGAAAUGUAUGGGAUGUUUCAAAUGGACAAUGUAACGUUAUGGUUGAGACUAAGUUGUCCAAAUUUAGUGAAAAGUGUGAUUUGACCUUACUUAAUAGACUUUUAAGAUUAAUUGUAGAUCCUAACAUUGCUGACUACAUUACAGCAAAGAAUAAUGUUAGUUUGUCGUACAAAGAUAUGCAGCAUGUUAAUCAGUUUGGUUUAAUUAGAGGUUUACAGUUUAGUGGAUUUGUUAUGCAAUACUAUGGAUUAGCAAUCGAUUUACUACUCUUAGGGUUGGAGAGAGCAAAUGAAAUUGCAGGUCCUGUCAAUAGUCCAAACAUGUUUUUACAAGAAUCAUCUAAUGAGUCAGGAAACCCUAUAAGAAUUUAUUCAAGAUAUUUUGACAAGAUUCACAUUUUCUUGAGACUUGGCGAUGUCAACGAUGUCAACGAUCUAAUUCAUUCCUUCUUAAGCGAUCACCCAGAUCCAAACUUUGAGAAUGCUAUUGGAUACAACAACAAAAAAUGUUGGCCUAGAGACUCCAGAAUGAGAUUGAUGAGACACGAUGUGAACUUAGGCAGAGCUAUUCAUUGGGAACUUAGCGGAAGAAUUCCUAAUAGCUUAACCAGCUUGGAGUGGGAAGACACUUUUAUUAGUAUAUAUUCUCAAGAUAACCCAAAUUUGUUGUUUGGAAUGUGUGGUUUUGAAAUUAGAAUUUUACCCAAAAUUAGAUCAUCCGAAGAGGUUUCCUCGUCUCUGUCAACGGAUGGGGUGUGGGAUCUCGUAAACCAAUCAACUAAAGAGAGAACGGCUAAAGCAUAUCUUCAAGUUUCACCAGAAGAUGUGGAUAAAUUUGAAAGUAGAAUAAGGCAAAUUUUGAUGUCUUCGGGCUCUACUACAUUCACAAAAGUUGCUUCUAAGUGGAAUACUGCUUUAGUGUCAUUAUUUGCGUAUUAUAGAGAAGCUAUUAUAUCGACCGAAAGGCUAUUGGAUGUUUUAGUCCGUUCUGAAACGAAAAUUCAGAACAGAGUAAAAAUGGGCCUCAACUCCAAAAUGCCGUCGAGAUUUCCUCCUGCUGUAUUUUAUACUCCUAAGGAACUUGGGGGACUUGGAAUGUUAAGUGCAUCUCACAUUUUGAUCCCAUCAUCCGAUUUGAAAUGGUCGCUGCAGACGGAUACUGGUGUAAUUACACAUUUUAGAGCAGGAAUGAACCACCAGGAGCAAAAAUUAAUUCCGACAAUAUUUAGAUAUAUCACUACUUGGGAGAAUGAAUUUUUAGAUUCUCAGAGAGUAUGGGCAGAGUAUGCUAUAAAACGUCAGGAAGCAAUUGAACAAAACAGAAGGAUAACAUUUGAAGAUAUGGAAUCUAAUUGGGAUCGAGGCUUACCAAGAAUAAGUACUUUGUUUCAAAAAGAUAGACAUACUCUAGCCUACGAUAAAGGACAUAGAGUUAGAUUAGAGUUCAAACAAUUUACUAUCCCACGAGCUAACCCAUUUUGGUGGACAAAUGGAAGACAUGAUGGCAGACUUUGGAAUCUAAAUGCUUACAGAACUGAUGUCAUUCAAGCACUAGGUGGAAUAGAGACUAUUUUGGAACAUACAUUAUUCAAAGGUACAGGGUUUGAUCUGUGGGAAGGGUUAUUUUGGGAGAAAGCUUCUGGUUUUGAAGAUUCAUUAAAGUUCAAGAAACUUACCAAUGCUCAAAGAUCUGGUUUAAGUCAAAUUCCAAAUAGAAGAUUUACUCUUUGGUGGAGUCCGACGAUUAAUAGAGCCAAUGUGUACGUCGGUUUCUUAGUUCAAUUAGAUUUAACUGGUAUAUUUCUUCACGGAAAAAUUCCGACUCUAAAAAUAUCACUUAUCCAAAUAUUCAGGGCGCAUUUAUGGCAAAAGAUUCAUGAAAGUAUUGUUCAAGAUUUAUGUCAAGUGUUCGAUAGAGAAAUGGAUAUUCUACAGAUCGAUCAAGUUGAAAAGCAGGCAAUUCAUCCAAGAAAGAGUUACAAAAUGAAUAGCUCAUGUGCUGAUAUUGUAUUAACCAGCACUUAUAGAUGGAAUGUAACAAGACCGAGUCAUUUGAACAAUCAACAUAGGGAUGAAGACAUGACAACUUCUUCAUCUAACAAAUUCUGGAUUGAUGUCCAGUUAAGAUACGGUGAUUAUGACUCUCAUGAUAUUUCAAGAUAUACAAGAGCAAAAUUUUUAGAUUACACCACUGAUUCCACUAGUUCUUAUCCAUGCCCAACUGGUAUAAUGAUUGGAGUUGAUCUUGCUUACAACAUGUAUGAUGUUUAUGGAAACUGGGUUCCAGGACUUCAGCCAUUAAUGCAAAAUGCAAUGAAAGAAAUCAUGAAAGCUAAUCCCGCUUUGUAUGUGCUUCGAGAGCGUAUUCGUAAGGGAUUACAGUUAUAUCAAUCACAACACAAGGAGACAAUGCUUAAUUCUAAUAACUAUGCAGAAUUAUUCAAUAAUGACACCCAAUUUUUCAUUGAUGAUACGAAUGUAUAUAGAGUUACAGUCCACAAGACUUUUGAAGGUAAUUUAACCACGAAACCUAUCAAUGGUGCUAUAUUCAUGUUAAAUGCGAAGACUGGCCAAUUGUUCUUGAAGAUUAUUCAUACUUCAGUUUGGUCUGGACAAAAGAGAUUGAGUCAAUUAGCCAAAUGGAAGACUGCUGAAGAAGUUUCGGCUUUAAUAAGAUCCUUACCACGUGAAGAACAACCAAAACAAUUAAUCGUGACAAGGAAAGGUAUGACAGAUCCACUUGAAGUACAUAUGUUAGACUUUCCGAGCAUUUCGAUUAGAUCGUCUGAGCUUAGAUUACCUUUCGGUGCAGCAUUGAAAAUUGACAAGUUGGCUGAUGUUGUGUUGAAAGCCAUGGAACCCCAAAUGAUUUUGUUUAAUCUCUACGAUGACUGGCUUGAUAGCAUAUCCGCAUAUACUGCAUUCUCUAGAAUAAUUUUGAUUAUGAGAGGAUUGACUAUAAAUACGGAAAGAACGAAUUUAAUUCUUAGACCUGACCACACGAUAGUAACUCAAGAUAACCAUAUUUGGCCAACACUUAGCGACGAACAAUGGAUUGAUGUUGAAAAGGAGUUGCGUGAUUUGAUCCUUAAUGAUUACGCAAAGGAACAUAAUAUAAACAUUCAAAGCUUGACACAAGCAGAGAUAAGAGAUUUGAUUUUGGGACAAGACAUCAGAGCUCCAUCUGCUAGAAGGCAAGAGGUUGCCGAUUUAGAGCAACAAAAGCAAGAAGACGAUGCGUCAAAUCCACAGCUCACGGCUCUCAAGUCUAAGACCCAAAAUGUUCACGGAGAGGAUAUAGUUACUGUGACGACAACAAAUUAUGAACAAUCAUCUUUUGCAUCUAAAAAUGAAUGGAGAAAUAGAGCAAUCGCUUCAUCCAAUUUACAUUUGAGAACGAAAAACGUUUAUGUAUCCGGUUCUAAUGAGAAUACCGAAUCAGGUAUCGCAUAUAUAUUCCCAAAGAACUUAUUAAAGAAGUUUGUUCAAAUAUCUGAUUUGAGAACUCAGGUUGGUGCAUUUAUCUAUGGUAUAUCUCCGGAUGAUAACGACGAAAUAAAGGAAGUGAAACGUUUAGUUUUAGUACCACAGUUAGCCAACACCCACUCAAUCCAAUUUCCACUCAAGUUGCCUGAUCAAAAUCAAGAAAAUGAACUCCAGAAGUAUGAGUUAUUGGGAUGGAUUCAUACUCAAUCUGCAGAUAAUUCAGCAGGAAUCCUUUCACCUAUUGAUAUAACCACUCUAGCAUCAUUUAAAGAUCACAAUCCAGCACAAUGGGAUACCAAAAAAAUGAUUACCAUCACUGUAUCAUUUACCCCAGGCUCAGUCACAUUGAGCUGCUUUGGAACUUCGGAUGAAGGAUAUCAAUGGGGUACAACUAACAAGGACUUGAUAUCACAGGCACCAAAGGGAUUUUCGUCAUCCUUCAGUAAUAAGCAAGAACUUUUGAUAUCUGACCGUAUUGUGGGUUCCUUCAUGGUCCCUGAUGAUGAUAUCUGGAAUUACUCUUUCAUUGGCGCAACCUGGAAUGCGAAGAUGGAUUAUGAAGUGAAGUCUGAUAUCCCAUUACCAUUUUAUCAUGAAUUGCAUCGUCCAAUUCAUUUCUCUAAUUUUAACGAAAUCGAAAGUAAUGAACUUGAAGCAGACCAAGAGAAUGUAUUUUCUUAG